GGGCCGGAGGCGGGCGGGUGGCGCCCGGGGCCUAUGGGGAGGGAGGGGGAUGGACAGGCUCCGGAAGCUGUGGAGGGGCCGCACGAUGACCUUCGGGGUACCCCUGUUGCUGUAUCUUGUUGGAGGAUCUUUUGGACUCCGUGAAUUUGCUCAAAUUAGAUAUGAUGUCCACAAACUACAUGGCAAGGUUGAUCCAGCUUUGAAAGAAAAAUUAAAACAGAACACUGUAACACUGGAAUCUGAAUAUGAGAAGCUGGAAAAGUCUGACUUGGAUAACUGGGAGAACAUCAGAGGACCCCGUCUGUGGGAAGAUUCCAGGACUGUUCAGAAGCAACGGCGGGAGGCUGCCGGUCUCAAGACAGAGUGAUUGAGCAAGCCUACUUUGGUGCCUCUGCAAAACAAAACAAAAAAAUCUCAGGCUGGACUGCUUAUUUUUUAAUCCCGUGUCAGGAACAGACAUGGGAGGGGGGGAUUGCACUGACCUGGGGUAUGUAGAAGUAACUGUGAGAUCAAACCAAAAGGCACUCUAUUAUAUGAAGCUCUUUGCAUCCAUUUGCACAGAGUUCCAUAGACUGUGUAUAUGAAUUCUCAAUUAAACAAGUAUCUGAUCGUUCUGCUGAGAAUAUUCCAUUGUUUUUCAAUCCCUAUCAUUUAAAACUGAGAUGCUUCAGCAAGGAAUAACAUUUCAGGAGUCACUUGUCAGUACCAGAAGUUGUGGUCCUAAUGAGAACAACAGUGCUGUCAUCUAGACGUGUGUGACCAGAUAAAUGCUGCUUCAGGGAGCUCUUGCAUGACUUCAGACUCUUAAGAUUGGAAGGGACUCCACAGGUGUAUGAGCUGUUCAGAACAGUGAGUCCGUUUUCAGCUAAAUAAUAAUAUUGUGUUUCGUUUCCAGGAACUUGACUGUAUGGAGGCAUGUACAGAGUGUCAGCUGGUAACUGGUCAAAUAACAUUUGUUUAGCUGUGGUUAGAUUUUUGUGAUUAGUUUGUUGAUACCUUUGUGCAGGCAGGACCUUUGCAUUGGAACCUCUCAGUUUAAGUUGGAAGAAUUCUUCCUCACUGAGAGCUGUGUUGUUUCUCUGUGAGCAAGUAUUGUAACAGAAUCUUAUUGAACCACUAUAUAGUGGCAAAGCUCAUCUUACAUGUCUUAUUUCAUGUGCAUUUGUGCACAUGCACAUAAUUAUUUUUUUUUAUCUUGUAAUGAAUUCUUCAGAAAUGUUUGUCGUCUUAUAUUUCUGUGCUAAAUGUUUGCUGUUAGAAGAAACCAUGCUUACCUUCAGUACCCUUCUGCUGAGACAGUUAAAUGAAGAAGCAUCUAGUCAAAUUUUCAGAUGAAAUGAAGCUUUUGAGAAGGUGUUACAACAGACUUGUAAAACCCCUCUUCAGGGGAAUGGAGUAGCAGAGCACAGAUUAACAGUAGAUUCUAGUUUCAAAGCAUUCAAUGACAUCUAUAUUUAAAUCCUUUUGGAACUGUCUUUGGAAGAGGUGUGGUCUUACUCCACUCUGCAAACAGUGUCAAAUGCAAUUGAAAUGUCCUUCUGGCCAAUUUAUUUAGGGUAGCUUCCUUGUUCUCAUGUAAAUCUUCCCUCAGUACUUAAUUUUCUUCAGUCUCUCAGUGAUGAGGUCCAGUCUUUCUCCCACAGAGAAGAAUCAACAUUGAUUUUUAGAGAAUGGUAGAUCAAUUCAUAAAACAUUACGUGAAAUAUCUUAGUCGUGGUUUUUGCAUAUUUUUUUCCAAUAGAGUUGCGAAGACCAUCAGAAAGUGUUGCAUGGUAUCUGGAACAAGGUUGGAGCUGUGUCUUUCCCUGUUCAGUAUCAUAUAUGUCUUUGAUUCUAAAUAAAUGUACUGACAGAUUAAAUCAACCAGGAGAGGAGCAAGAGGAGCAAGACAGAAUUGAAGUAAUCAUAAAUGCUAUUGGGAAACAAAUGAAAAACUAGAAUAUGGCGGCAUUAAGCUGUGCUAGACCUAGACAAGAAGGAAAUUGGUUUAGUUGUUUUGUCACUUUUCCCUAAAAGAUAAAACAAUAUUCUUAGGCAAAUAAGAUAUAAAAUAGGACAAAUAAGGACCAAUUAAAACUGCAUACCUUGCUAAGCAUUUUUUCAACUCAAAUUCAAAUUCUGGUGCAGUUCCACUGACAGCAGCAAGAUUGAUUGCUCAAAGGACAUCAAUGCGUUGACUACACUGACAGUAUUCUCUGAGUUAGGGCUCCUCCAGCAUCACUGCUACUGUUAUGGUACUAGCUGGACUACUGGAAAUGUUUCUUUACGUUCCCUGGUAUAGACCCAUCUUCUGUGGACUCUGCAAAUUCACUAUGUCUUUUCCAGAGGACACACACAUCUUCCUUUUCCCAGCCUUGAUUGAAGGAGAGGGAAAGUUGCCAUUGCUUUGCAUAUGGAGAGGCAUGAACAGCUCCCAGUCUUGCAACAUUGGCUCACAACAUGGACCAACACUACCCCUGAAAUAAACACAGGGCUUUCUAGGAAAGACAUAUGUAGGAAAAGCUACCCCUUCCCCCAAGGGAAGAAGCAAAAGUAUUUUUCUUUCAUGAAGGCCUUAGGCUUAUCAGUUUUCUUGAUGAACAAAACACUCACUGAAAUAUCCUGUGUAUUUUAGUAAUUUGAUAUCCUGCAAAGACUAUUUGGGGAAUGCUCAUCUUAUUUCAGCCAGUCUGGAAUGUAGUUGUAAAGAAUUACUUCUAUGAACGCUUUUUAUGUCGUAACUUAGGACCCAGUUUUAGUUGGUUGCUUGCUGGUUGUGGGAUCCCCCCACCCCUCCAUUUUUCAUAGGCACUAAAUUUCCUGUAGUUUCUGAGAGCAUAUUUGUAGCUACCUUUGUAGUGGCAUCUCUGGAAAGUGAUGGAUUUAUCUUGGCAUCUCUGAGAAACACUGACAUGCAGUUGGAAAACUCUCCAACUUGCCCUUCCUUCAACUUCCCUUUUAAGAGACAGCCCAUAUCUAUUGACAGUCCACUAAAAAAAUUCCCACCUUUUUUUUUUUAAUGCUGUUGACUCAUUUAUGAAUUAAAAAAACAACCAACACUAACUUUUGGCAGUUACUGUUGGCUGUACUUUUCUUAAAAUUGGGAGAGCUGUUUCAGCAAUUUCUCUUUAUCGCUGUGCACUUGGACAAUGGCUUCAUGUUUUAUGCUGUGCUUUUCUUAGCCAUUGAAUUGGAAAUAAUACUUACGAAAGGCGUGUUGAGAGUCAAUUAAAAUCUCUUAAGUUGCCAUGCAUCCUUAAGUAGAAGGCACUCCAGAACUAUGGAGAAUUAUAGUUCACAAUACUAGCAAGAGAGGCAAACUUCAAUUCGUUCAGGACUCAUGCUUAGUUUGGCUGCUUAUUUGAACUAUCCUUUUGAAAGCCAUGUUACAGUGCUUCUGGUUAUCUCUAAGGCACCUGGGGACAACCUUGCUGAAUUCCUGAAUUGUUAUUCUAAACAUCUGUGGCUGGGGGGGGCAGAGGUAAUUAAAUGCAAUUGUCAGUCUGAGACACUGAUUGACAUUUUUGCAUCCUCUUUGGUAACUGGCAUGUACCGGUCUGAGGGGAAUGAAAACAAGGCUUUAGUGAGAGGUAUGAAGUAUUAAAGGGGUAAAAGAGAGGACUGAAGAAGCCAGGUCUUCUAGUCAGUGCUGCUGAAAUUAGAAAUAAAAGAAGGGAGUCUGGCUAGGUGUCUGUGUGUACAUGAACUGAAAAAUCAGUUUCAAAAUCCCUGUUUUGACAGUAAAGGAGAAAGUGGUUAUCUCUCAAAGACGCUAUGGUGAGGUUGGUCUGUGGGAUGUUCCAUAACCAGAAAAGCAGUAGGGCAUAGAAUUGGUGGGAAUCUGGGGCACCUGUCCCCAGGGACAGGGAGAGCUUAGUGUAGCACCAGUAAAUAUCCAGCUCAAUGGUUCCUACCGGCAGCUAUCUGCAGCCCAAAACGCUAAUCAAAUCUUUGUAUGAGAUCAACCCUGUGGAUUCCACUAAUUGAGUGUGUUUCUCCUGUAGCACUUUGAAUUUGCACACUCAUGGAUGACCCAAAAGAAAAUGCUCGAUAGCUUAGUUCAGCUGUAACACGGAUGGAGGAGAGGCUUAGCAAAAGCUGUAGCUACCACAAUCCAAAAAAGGUUUCAAAACCUGCUCAAUAGCAUAGCAGUUGAAUUUCAAAGCUCCUAAAUACACCUGGAUGAGCAGCUGUGUGUUAAAAACUUUUAGAAUCAAGAUGCAGAGAACAAUCUUGCCAAUAGUGAUCCUCAAAGGUCUUGAAAAUGGCUCCAGCUGCCCAAAAAAGGUAGGUUGUGGCACAAUAAGAGAUAAAUGAUGGGAGUUUGUAGUUUGUUUUGGGUCUGGGUGAGAUGGAGUUACAGCAUCAAGGCUGUCUCUCCAAUGUUUCCCCACCACCACCAGUAGGCUGAGGCUGGGCAAGAUCUUGACAGGCAAAAGAGCCAGGACAGCUGACCCAAACUGACCAAAGGGAUAUUCCAUACCAUAUGACGUCUGCUCAGCAAUAAAAGCUAAGAGAAAGGAGGAGGAAGGCAGGGGCAUUCGUUAUUUACAAUGUUUGUCUUCCGGAGCAACUGCUACACCUACUGAAGCCCUGCUUCCUCGGAAGUGGCCAGACAUCACCUGCUGAUGGGAAGUAGAGAAUAAAUCUUUUGUUUUCCUUUGCUUCCGCACGCGGCCUUUGCUUUUGCUUUAUUAAAUUGCCUUUAUCUUGACCCAUGAGGUUUUUCCCAUCUUAUUUUGCUCCCCUCUGUGUCCUGCUGAGGAGGGGAGUGAUAAAGCGGCUUGGUGGGCACCUGGUGUCCAGCCAAGGUCAACCCACCCCAGAGUUUUAGACCAGUAUAUAGAAUGCAGAAACAUCUGAAAAACAGCUCAAACGUAGCUCAUCAUCAGCUAGGGACCAGUCCCAAAAAGCAGAGGGAGAAAUCCAUUUCUUCACAGAGAUAGAGCAACUGCGAAUGAUUUAAAGGUCGCUGUUCAUUGGAUGUUUUACAUGGAUGCUUCUUAUUUAACUGUAUGUGCCUAUGUGUAGGUGAAACUUGAAGCAGUAGGUUUCACCUUCUGAAAUAACUACAGAGACGCUUGUACUUCUUAAUGGUCUUGCAUUUGCUCUGAGUCGCUGUGUUUGAAUUUCCAGCACAAGUCUAGGGCAAGUUUCAUUUUUAUAUCUUGUAUUUUCCAGAGGGUUUUCUUUCUGUAAGAAGUGGGAAAGCCUAAUAUUGUCCUUUGCUACUAACUACUUUAUAUCCACUGGAAAAAAAUAAGACUAACAAAACAGAGAAAA